AUGGGUUUGGUCCAUGUGCCAGGAAGACGCUCCAGAGCCUCCAGCCUCACUAGCAAUCGCUCGAGCAUCGACGAGGCCAGAGGCGCUGCUGAAGAUGACGACACGACUGUGGUCGAGGCCGACCAGGGCAACGUGCUCGGCCACAUCAUCUCCCAGCUUCGUCCGGGAGCUGACUUGAGUCGCGUUGUUUUGCCAACCUUCAUUCUUGAGCCCCGUAGUAUGCUCGAGAGGAUUACAAACUUCAUGUGCCACCCCGAAAUGCUCCUCCCUAUACCCGAGAUCGACGACCCUGUACUACGAUUCGUCUCCGUUGUCAAGUUCUACCUCAGUGGAUGGCAUAUUAAACCACCAGGAGUGAAGAAACCCCUGAACCCGAUCCUCGGCGAGGUUUUCUCCUGCUACUGGGAUCUGCCCGAUAACACCAGGGCAUACUACAUCUCCGAGCAAACAUCGCAUCACCCUCCCAAGUCUAGCUACUUCUACAUGGUCCCCGAGCACAACAUCCGUGUUGAUGGCACACUCAAGCCCAGGAGCAAGUUCCUCGGAAACUCGGCGGCGAGCUUGAUGGAGGGCACAGCGGUCUUGUCGUUCCUGAAUAGGGGCAAGGUCAAGACAAAGGGCGAACGAUAUAUCUUGACACAGCCAAACAUGUACGCUCGAGGCAUUCUCUUUGGAAAGAUGAAGUAUGAGCUUGGAGACCACAGCUUUGUCCGGUGCCCAGAGCUCGAUUUGGUCGCCGACAUUGAGUUCAAGGUGAAGGGCUGGGUCAGCGGUACCUAUAAUGCGAUUGGUGGCUCAAUCAAGCAUGAGAGCACAGGCGAGGUCCUUUACGAGCUCUCGGGCUUUUGGAACGAUGAGAUGUUUGUCAAGGAUGUCAAGACCGGUCAUAAGGAGAUGUUCUUCAACGCUAGACGGUCGAAGCCCAGCAGUCCCCUGGUGCGGCCAAUCGAAGAGCAGGAUGAGCGCGAAUCUCAGAAGCUUUGGGCACCGACAGCUCAGGCCGUAAAGGAUCGCAACCAUGAGCUUGCGACGGACGAGAAGACCAAGGUUGAGGACAGACAACGCGAGGAACGCGAGACAAGAGCUCGCGAAGGCGUUGAAUGGAAGCCUAGGCUUUUCAGAGCUGUUCAGGGCGGCCCGGGUGGUCCUGAAGAGGGCGAGGAGGAGCUGGAGUGGAUCAUCAAUGCUCACAUUGACCACACGAACCCAGAGAAGCAGACUGAGCAAAUUUUGGCCAUAUACCCUAUUCUUCCGGGCCAGAAGCCUUCUACGACAAACGCCAUUCCUCCCCACAAGCCCUCUGCGACAGCAGAGGCCCCAGCCCCGGCCCCGGCCUCCGCUCCGAUCGCCCAGCAACAUGUUGGAGGCAAUGACUUGAUCGAUUUCGGCGACGCGCCAGCUACCACUCCGGCAGCCCCAACAGCAACUGCGCCUGCUGUUCAGCCACCAAGCGGUAUUCCUCCGGCAGCUCAGGAGGCGCGGAGUGGAUCCAAGGACAUCGAAGGGAUGCUCAACAGCACCGGAACGCAAGCAAAAGAGGGACCAUUGAUGGACUUCACAGACAUGAAGAAGAGCGUACCGCCGCUGAAGAGAGCCGAUGAGAGUAACGACAGCUUCCAUGAUGCUUUGGAGUAG